UUCGCGUGAACAACGUUUCCACGGAGCGCAGUGUUCGAAGGAAAUUCUAAAAAAAAAAAUAGAAUUGAAAAAGAAAACCAGCAACAUUUUCUAACUGUUUCUGCCGGGAUCGGUGUGUGCGUUACUACUGCUGCAUAAAUAGCAAUAUAACAGAAGUACAUAAGGGAAAACUGAUUAGAGCGAUUCAUAGACAUGUUGAUUGAGCCGACUUUAAACCGUGACCUUGGCUCGCUUACUGUCGCAAAUUCUGGCCUCUCGGCCGCGCACUGGAAAAUGGAGCCCCAUCCCCAACGCAUCACAUCGCUGGCCCCUCACGCCUCCAGUGUAGCGGCGGCAUCCGUGGCAGCGGCAGCAGCAGCGGCGGCUGCGGCGGCGGCAGCGGCGUCCGGCGGGGGCUCCGGAGCGGUGCCGGGGGUCUCGGGCUCGUCCACAUCGCCCACAUCUGUGCAAAUACCGCCCGGCUUUGGCGGCGCCGCCGGCAUGCCACCGGGAGCCGGCGGAGCCACGGGGAGCUCCACCCUCAACACACUGAUGUCGCAGCAUCGCCUCCUGGAGUUCUCCCGAUUCGGCGGUCUGCGGGGCUACGACAUCGCCCAGCACAUGCUCACGCAGCAGGGCGCUGUCUCCAAGUUGCUAGGCUCGCUGCGACCACCGGGCUUAAUUGGUGGCUCAAAGCCCAAGGUGGCCACGCCGACGGUCGUCUCCAAAAUCGAGCAGUACAAGCGCGAGAAUCCGACGAUCUUCGCCUGGGAGAUACGCGAACGCCUGAUCUCGGAGGGUGUCUGCACGAAUGCCACCGCUCCGUCGGUGAGCAGCAUCAAUCGCAUCCUGCGCAAUCGAGCCGCGGAGCGGGUGGCCACCGAGUUUGCUCGCACCGCCGCCUACGGGCUGUAUCCACCGCCCCCCCACCCGUAUGGCAGCUUCACCUGGCAUCCGGCUGGAAAUGUCCCAGGUGGCCAGGGGGUUCCGCCGCCGCCGCCUCCGUCCGCCCUGUGGUCCGUGGCCGCUCCCACGCUCGCGAACCUGCCGCCAAGUGCCUCCAGUGCGGUGCCUGCUCCCACUUGUGGUUCUCUGAGUUCGGCGCACCUCAUGGCCGGCGGUGCAGGUGGUGCACCCAGCAAUAGGGCCAUCUCUCCUGGCUCUGGCAGCCAUGAUACCCUGGAAUCGGCCGAUGAAAACCGGCACAUAGACUCGGACUACCUGGAUGACGACGAUGAGCCCAAGUUCAGGCGGAACAGGACCACCUUUAGUCCGGAGCAGCUGGAGGAGCUGGAGAAGGAGUUCGACAAGAGCCAUUAUCCCUGUGUGAGCACCAGGGAGAGGCUCUCCAGUCGCACUAGCUUGAGCGAGGCGCGAGUUCAGGUCUGGUUCUCCAAUCGACGGGCUAAAUGGCGUCGCCACCAGCGCAUGAAUCUCCUGAAGCGACAGCGCUCCAGUCCCGCCAAUCCCCUGCACUCGCAGCAGUCGAACGAUGCGCCGGCCAGUUCGCCCACGCCCAGUAACCACAGCAGUGCCUCCACCUCCGCUCCAGUGGCUCCGGCGGUGCCGCCUCCUCAGCAGCCGUUGCCCCUGUGCGGCGAUCACUCGCCCCAGGCUCCGCCGCCCUCCGUGAUGCUGCACCCCCUCCAUGGACCGCCCGGUGGCCAUGGCCACCAUCACCACCAUCCUCUGCACCUGCCCACGCAUCCGGCGGCUCUGCAGCUCCUCAGCCACUACCACCAACAGCAGCAGCAGCAGCAACAGCAACAGCAGCAACAUCAGCAGCAGCAGCAACUCUCACCCACAGGAUGCAAUCCAGGAGCAAGUCAUCUGUCCAUGGGCGGGGAGCGGAGUGCCUUCCGGAGCCUGGUGAGCUCUCCCUCGGCAGCCGCCUUCCUGGGACUGGCCAGGCAAUAUGCAGUGGCUGCCUCCUUGACGGUGGCCGAGGAGCAGCGCUCCAGACUGCAUUACUCCCCGUCCGCCUCAGCUGGGGGAUUGCCAACAGCCGGCGGUGGAGGUGCAGAUGGAGGAGGAGCAGGCUCAACCAUGACGGUGGACAACUCGUCGUCCGACUCGGAUGAGGAGAUCAACGUCCACGACGAUUCGGAUGGCGAAACUGAGUCGCCGGCGGCAAAAGUGACCCGCCUGUCAUCCUCCGAUGCGCCGGCCACGUUGCAAUUCCUAAAGCAUGACCGCUAGAUAGAUAUAGAUGGGCGGCGGCGGCGCAAAGUCUAAUUGAAAACUUGAGUUGUGCGCGCCUCUGUGAUUGACAGCAGCAGCAACAAUGCCACAGCAACGGCGACUACUGAUGGAAUGGCAAUUGCAGCUUGGUGGACUGAAACACGAGCCGGGCAAACAAAUCGAAAACCAAAGUUAAAAUGCUGCUCACCUACUUGCCUGCGGUUCGGGGUCGCUGGAAAGGAAAAAAAACUGUCUGAAAAAAGGCAGAAAAAACCAGCAUCAACAAUAUAAUGGGCGGCCUAAGAUUAGCUGAAAUUGUAACUUAUACUACGUACCGAACACGCUUGUCCCAUUUUAAAGUGCACACACAGCUAUGGUACGAUGAAUACCCCCCAGUUAUGCAUAAUUACUAUACUUGUUCGCCGGCUGCCGACUUACCUCAUCACCAUUUAAGGCUAUAGCAUAUGCAAUAUAACUCUAUUUAGCCCUAUGUUUAGGUAGUCCUAAGACAUCUUAUUUAUGAAUGCCUAUUUGAACUGAUAUCCUCUUGUAGACUAAGUGUUUUGGCUCAAAUCGAAAGGCAACCCGUACUCCAGUGAGUGAGAAACCAAUAAAAAGUGCAAGAAAUCAUUGAAAA